UUAAAUAUGAACAACUUGACGUGUUGUAGUCCCCCCCCCAGCACGCUCGUAACAGCAGUUGUUGACAGAUAAGGAAGGGUAUGUGGAGUGGAGUGCAGUGGAGCAACUGUGACAACGUGAGCUACACAACAAUAGCGUCAUUAGCGCAGUCUACAUCGGCUCCUGCUGGCUUAUUUAGCCACAAGGAAAACCCACAAUGCUGUGCUGGGGCAAUGCUUCCUAUGGCCAGCUUGGUUUGGGGGGCAUUGAUGAAGAGAUAGUGGUGGAGCCAAGGAAUUGUGACUUCUUCCUUGCAAAGCAAGUGCGCGAUGUAGGCUGCGGACGCAAGCACACAGCAAUCGUGCUGGAUGAUGGGACAGUAUACACGUGUGGUUGCAAUGAUCUCGGUCAACUUGGCCAUGAGAAGUCCCGGAAGAAACCAGAACAGGUUGUGGCUCUGGAUGCUCAGAUCAUAAUAGCAGUGUCCUGUGGAGAGUCCCAUACACUUGCCUUGAAUGACAGCGGGCAAGUUUUCUCAUGGGGCCUUGGUUCAGAUGGACAGCUGGGCUUAAACAACUUUGAAGAAUGUGUUCGUGUGCCUAGGAACAUCAAGACUUUGACUGAUGUUCAAAUCACUCAGGUAGCCUGUGGGUACUGGCACUCACUAGCACUUUCAAAAGGGAGCCAGGUUUUCUCCUGGGGUCAAAAUCGAUAUGGACAGCUCGGCCUAGGAGCGAAUGAACAAAGCAUUUCUACCCCUCAAAUCAUUCAGUCUUUGCAGGGCAUUCCUUUUGCUCAGAUAUCAGCAGGUGGCGCUCACAGUUUCACCCUCACGCUCUCAGGAGCUGUGUUUGGUUGGGGCCGUAACAAGUUUGGUCAGCUCGGUGUCAAUGACACCAACGACCGGUGUUUUCCAACCCUGCUGAAGUCACUUAGAUCGCAGAGAGUAAUUUUUGUCUCCUGUGGAGAAGAUCAUACAGCAGCUUUGACCAAGGAAGGAGGUGUCUUUACCUUCGGAGCGGGAGGAUAUGGUCAGCUGGGGCAUAACUCUACAAAUCAUGAAAUCAAUCCAAGGAAAGUGUUUGAGCUCAUGGGAAAUGUAGUCACGCAGAUUGCAUGUGGAAGGCAGCACACACUGGCUUUCACACCCUCAUGUGGAAAGAUGGACUCAUUUGGUCUUGGUGGGAAUGGACAGCUCGGUACACGCUCCAGCUGCAACAGGAAAACUCCGGGCCCUGUCAAGUUUCCCUGGAUACACUCUGUUGAUUCAGAUGAUAGUGUCAUGAACCAGAACUGUUGUAUCAAGAGGAUUUAUGCAGGAGGGGACCAAAGCUUUGCUCACUAUUGUACUGCUAACAGCCUGCAAAAUAAUGAUAAAGUGGCGACACAUGACACCCAGCGAAGAGUUUGUACUUUGAAUGAGGAAACCAUACAAAGAUGGCUGAACCAUACACCAGGAAGACUCCCGCUAGAAAUCUCCAAUGAGAUUGACUUGGUGUUCUCAACUGCAAGCUGCCUCAACGGGUCCUUUUUGUCGAUGAGUCAACCAGAUCACUACAGUACCAGCAGUAAAUGUUCAGGAAUCGAUCUGAACAUGGCCCGCCUCCAAUUUCAAAGACUGAUUACACCAGACCACCCUGAGAUUGGCCAACAGAUUGCUGCAAGUGUGGAGAAGAAUCUUAUUCCAAGACUGAUCAACUCCCCUCCAGACAUAGAAGCGCUGAGGCUCUACCUCAUUCUUCCAGAAUGCCCUCUCUUCAAUGAUUCCAACAAUUAUGUGACUAUCUCUAUCCCAUUUGCCAAAUCAGUCAUCAGCCUGAAAGAAGCUCCGCUUAAAGUGCUAGCAAACUGGUGGUCCACCUUGGAGCCCCAAGUGUUCCAGCGGCUGGUCGAGAUGUACAAAGAAGUGGUGGUGUACCUGCUCCAGAUGCACAAGGUUGGAAUCCCGUCAACGGAGCAAAGGAUUUUCACCAGUUUUCUGGACACGUCACUUCGACUGCUGGAAAUCCUUCACAAGGUGAACGAGAGAGGUGGACACAUUAUACAGUAUGAUAAAUUCUACAUUCAUGAGUUGGAGGACUUAAUAGACAUCAGAAAUGACUACAUCACAUGGAUUCAGAGACAAAUGUAUCCAGGGGGUCCUGAUGGCGUGGUGACCAUGUGCAGGUAUCCCUUUGUAUUUGAUGCCCCAGCAAAGACUACUCUGCUACACACCGAUGCUGUUUUACAAAUGCAGAUGGCAGUGGAUCAGGCACAAAUGCAAAACUUGAGUUCCAUGUUCUUGCCUGCUGUGGAAUCCGUCAACCCGUGCCUCAUCCUGAUUGUCCGGAGGGACAAUAUAGUUGGAGACACCAUGGAAGUUCUCAGAAAGUCAAAGAAUGUCGACUACAAGAAGCCGCUUAAGGUUAUCUUUGUGGGAGAAGAGGCAGUGGAUGCGGGAGGGGUGAGAAAGGAGUUCUUCCUCUUAAUCAUGAAAGAGCUGUUGGAUCCAAAGUACGGGAUGUUUCGUUACCACGAGGAGUCCAGGCUUCUCUGGUUUUCCAGCAAGACCUUUGAGGACAUUGAAUUGUUUAACCUCAUCGGAGUCAUAUGCGGUCUGGCCAUCUACAACCUCACGAUUGUGGAGCUCAACUUUCCAGUGGCCCUGUACAAGAAGCUUCUGAAGAGGAAUCCCACGUUAGAUGACCUGAAGGAGCUCAAGCCAGAGGUGGGAAGGAGUCUCCAACUGUUGCUGGACUACCAUGAAGAUGACCUUGAGGAAACAUUCUGCUUGAACUUCACAAUCACAGAAGAAAACUACGGCGCUACAGAGGUGUUGGACCUCAUACCCAAUGGGGAAAACAUCAAUGUAAAUAAAUCCAACAGGCAGGACUUUGUCAAUGCCUACGUAGACUACACAUUCAACACCUCAGUUGCCCCACUCUUUGAGUGCUUCUAUGCAGGCUUCCACAAGAUUUGUGGAGGCAAAGUUCUGGAGCUGUUUCAGCCCAACGAACUGCAAGCCAUGGUGAUUGGCAACACCAACUAUGACUGGACUGAACUUGAAAAGAGCACUGACUAUAAGGGAGAGUACUGGGCUGAACAUCCCACCAUCAAGCUCUUCUGGGAAGAGUUCCACAACCUUCCUUUAGAGAAGAAAAAACAGUUUCUCUUAUUCCUCACAGGAAGUGAUCGCAUCCCCAUCUUGGGCAUGAAAAGCCUUAAACUAGUGAUCCAGCCGACCAAUGGGGGAGAACUUUAUUUGCCUGUCGCCCACACGUGCUUCAACUUGUUGGACCUGCCCAAAUACACUAAUGCGGAAACACUGCGUGAGAAGCUUCUUCAAGCAAUAGAUCAUAAUCAAGGCUUCAAUCUAGCGUGAGGAAAGCUCCAGAUGACCAUGUUCAGAAUGUUGAUGGCUUCCAACGUUUUGCUUUGCAGACUGUAGGAAACGAGCAGUGUGAGCAUUGCUUGAAAACAGGCUGUAAGACUUUGCCAUGUCAAAUUUUCAUUUCACUUGGAUUUUUUUUCCGCCCCCAGCUUUUUCAAAUCUGUCAUAGUGUUUUUGGUGAGUAAAACACGUAUUAGAAACGGUCUUACAUGUCAUAAUGCACUUAGGCUCAUUCAUUGUUUGGAAAAGGCAAAUGCAAGAAAGUGGUGUUACAGUUGACAUGAUAGUAACAAGCAACAUAUAAUUACCAAUAAAUAGCACUACCUUUCUGACAAAUGAAAAUGGAGACUAAAAUGACACAGUUGAAAUGAACACUUCCAAGUGAUCAUAACAAAACAUGUUUGUUUCAGUGUCGCUGAGGUGAUCAAAUCACACAUUUACAAAGCUAACAGGCCACCCCAUAUGCAUGAAGCGUGUGCUAUAGAAAUGACUGUACUAACCUUUGUUUCACAUGAGUUCCACUCCAGUGUGAUAAUUGAUAGACAAUCGUGCAAGACAUUUGCUUUGAGUGCAUUGUGUUGGCUUUCAAGAUUAAAAUGGUCAACAAAUAAAAUGAUGCUGGUCAUUGUCAGGAGACACUUUCAAAUAUUUUGUUGAUAUAUAUUAAGGCUUGACAGAUUUGUAAAUAUGUUCUUAGGCUCAAUUUGGUCUUAAUAAAGAAACAGCAGACUGAUGUUGAUAAUA